AUUUUAUUAAAAAUGGAGACCACAGAAAGCCAAUUUCCUACAUUUGAAGAAAAGCAGCAGCUUUUAUUAGAAGGUCAAGAACUUGAAGUACCUGAAAGGACUGAAGAUUUUGAUCAUAGCAAGUUCCCACCAAUGAAGAAUUCACUAAUUUUGGAUAGCAUUCAAGGAAAAUCCAUCCCACGUAUACCAGUCUGGGCAAUGAGACAAGCAGGAAGAUAUCUUCCAGAGUUUAAAGAAGCUAGAGCAGGUAUUCCCUUCUUCGAGUUUUGCCACAUGCCAGAGAAGUGAUGUGAAGUAACUCUCCAACCAUUAAGGAAGUUAGACUUUGAUGCUUCUAUUAUUUUCUCAGAUAUUUUGAUCCUUCCACAAGUCAUGGGCAUGAAUUUGGAAUAUCCUCCAGGGAUUGGACCUUCCUUCACUGAGCCGAUUCAGGAAGAAGCUGAUCUUGAUAAACUGACAACUGACUAUGGAGAUAAGUUAGACAAGACAUAUGAUGCUAUUUUCCUGACCAGGCACAGAAUCAAUGGAGCAGUACCUCUUUUCGGGUUCACAGGUGGUCCAUGGACUCUUGCUACUUACAUGAUUGAGGGAAAUUCUCCUAAUAAAUGCCAUAAGACCAAAAGAUGGCUCUAUGAAAAGCCAGAAGGGUUCAAGAGGCUUAUCUCAAUGCUCACAAAAAUGAUCAUUGAGCACAUGAUUAAUCAGAUAAAGGCAGGAGCGCAGCUUGUUCAGCUCUUUGAGUCAAAUAUCGGAGAGUUGUCCCAAGAAGAUUUUGAAGAGUUCAUCCUUGAUCCCUUAAUUGAGAUUUCUGAGAAGAUAAAAGAGGCAUACCCAGAGGUUCCAGCUUUCAUUUUUCCCAGAGGAUGUCACUUCUGAUACGAGGCAUUGGCUACAAAGAGCAAGUUUGAUGCUAUCUCUGUGGAUUGGACUCAUGAUCUUUCCAAAAUCCGUGAGCGUGUUGGAGAAUCUAUCACUCUCCAAGGAAAUUUGGAACCAAUCGUUCUCUUCGGAACAGAUGAGAAGAUCAAAGAGAGAACUAACUCAAUGCUAGAAAAGGCAGGAAAGACCAAAUAUGUUGCUAAUCUUGGCUGGGGAAUGCUCCCAGACCAUGAUGCUGAAAAAUUGAGAGUAUUUAUUGAUGCAGUUCAUGAUUUUAAGCUCGAGUAAGAA